CUCUCCAGUAUUUUCUCGGUCGCCGUGAAAGGCAGAGCGCUCACACAGACGGCAGUUCAACCUGAAGCUGAAACAACCACCAACAACACCUGUGGAAAAUAAAACAGCUUUUCCUACAGGAUUCAGAGCCCAAGGCAAAGCGAUCCUAACAGCCUCUUUUCCUCUCGGUGUCUCUCAGGAUGUCGAUCGUCAGCAUUGUUGCCAGGGAGAUCUUGGACUCCCGGGGAAACCCCACUGUGGAGGUGGACCUUCGCACAGAGAAAGGGCUGUUCAGGGCUGCGGUGCCCAGCGGAGCGUCUACAGGCAUCUACGAGGCUCUGGAGCUCCGAGAUGGAGACAAGAGCCGCUACAAGGGCAAAGGGGUGCUGAAGGCGGUCGGACACAUCAACGAUAGUCUGGGUCCCGCCCUCAUAGCCUCUGGCAUCAGCGUGGUGGAGCAGGAGCAGCUGGACAACAUGAUGAUCGAGAUGGACGGCACAGAAAACAAAUCUCAGUUUGGGGCCAACGCCAUCCUGGGAGUGUCUCUCGCCAUCUGUAAGGCGGGUGCAGCAGAGAAAGACGUCCCCCUGUACCGCCACAUAGCGGACCUGGCUGGAAACACAGAGCUGGUGCUGCCAGUUCCUGCCUUUAACGUGAUAAACGGAGGUUCCCACGCAGGUAACAAACUGGCCAUGCAGGAGUUCAUGGUCCUUCCUGUUGGAGCUGAGUCUUUCAAGGAGGCGUUGAGGAUAGGAUCGGAGCUGUACCACACGCUGAAGGGGGUGAUCCAGGAGAAAUAUGGACAGGAUGCCACCAACGUGGGAGACGAGGGAGGAUUUGCUCCCAACAUCCUGGAGAACAGUGAGGCUCUGGACCUGCUGCAGACGGCCAUAGAGAAGGCCGGCUUCACGGACAAAGUGGUUGUCGGGAUGGACGUGGCCGCUUCAGAGUUUUACCGCGAGGGGAAAUACGACCUGGACUUCAAAUCCCCACCAGACCCGGAGAGACACAUCACUGCAGAGGAGCUGGCCGACAUCUACCAGGGCUUCGUGAACAACUACCCAGUGGUGUCCAUCGAGGACCCCUUUGACCAGGACGACUGGGAGGCCUGGUCCCGUCUCACGGCCCAGGUGGGGAUCCAGGUUGUGGGAGACGACCUGACGGUGACCAACCCUAAGAGGAUAGAAAAAGCUGCUGAGGAACGAGCCUGCAACUGCCUGCUGCUCAAAGUCAACCAGAUCGGCUCUGUGACUGAGGCCAUUCAGGCGUGUAAACUGGCUCAGGCGAACGGUUGGGGCGUGAUGGUCAGCCAUCGCUCAGGAGAGACGGAGGACACCUUCAUCGCUGACCUGGUGGUGGGACUCUGCACUGGACAGAUUAAGACCGGCGCCCCCUGCAGAUCUGAGCGGCUGGCCAAGUACAACCAACUCAUGAGGAUUGAGGAGGAGUUGGGCGACCAGGCUCGCUUUGCAGGCCACAACUUCAGGAACCCCAGCGCCCUGUGAAAGUGACAGACAGACGAAUGACUCACACACACACACACACACACACACACACACACACACACACACACGUGGAGCGAGCCAUGUACAAUGAAGGAUCACACAGAUUCAUUAAAAAAACACACGAGCAAAAGAGCCAAGCAAAAAUAAAUAAAUAAAAUAAAAUAAAAUAAAUUAUGCACUUCUAGGGUAGGGAGAUUAUACUGUAUGCACACACACACGCACACAUGCACACAGAUGCAACUCACACAAAUGCAGGGGAAUAUCAUAAAAAUAUCUAAUUUAUAAGCCAGACAUGCACUGUUACUGUAGUUUUAAAGGGAUAGUUCAUGUACAGCCGGAGGACAGACCUGCAAAAAUAAAGUUUCUUGUUGUAAAAACUCAGAGAUCAAAUAGUUAGAGAUAGAACUGAAUGAUGUAGACUGAAGCACGUGGCUGAAAGAGGUGAGAUAAUAAACCUGCCAACACCAAAGGAGGACGCGAUGCAGAAAGAAACACACAACAGUUUCAGGGACAGAGUGAAAAACAAAACUACACAAACACGGUCACACUCUCACCUGCACACCUGAAGCACCUGCACUCCGCCCACUUCUGUCCUCCGUCGCCCCCCUUUUUGUCUCAUCUUCCUCCUCGUCGUGUCCGUUUCUCAGUUCCCUCUUUUUCAUCCCGCCCUGACGUGAUUCUGAUGAUUUGUCCUUUAUGCUCGAAGCCCUGAAG